GUCUCUUUAAGACGAUGUGUUGAGAAGUUCAAGUCGGGGUCAGUUGAAGUUCCUGCCCUCGAUUUUACCUUUUAGUUUUAUUAUAGACUGACAUCACACGGGGCGCUAAAACACUUAAGGCGCAUAGAGGCUCCAUUAUCAUCCCCGUGCGCAUUAUUGCUCCGACUCAAAAAUAGCUAAGGAAAUUACUAGAAGAAAAAAAUAGCAGGAAACCGAAGAAUUUUUUUUUAUAGCAGAGGAUGAGAGAGAGGGGAGAGGAGGGGCAGAGACACACAGAAAGAAGGAGAGGGAGGAAAGUGGGUGGGAGGACGGACCCAAGGAGCGACAAGAAAUUCAUAUCAAUUAAUAAUCAUAAAAAAAAGAGCUGGCAGACGCGCUCGGAAAACUGGCAUGUUUUUUUGGAGGCUGGCAGUUCAAAGCUGAAACGUCAGAUAUGACUCUUAGACUGCUGAGAUGAUCAUUAAGGGGGACUUAGAUCGGAUGGCAGAAGACAUCGGGCAUGCAGGUGGCGGACUGAAGACGAUGCUGGGUGCCAUGGAAGUUCCAAGUCAUGCUAGGGAUCUCCUCCUGCAGCUCAACAGCCAACGAACCAAAGGCUUUCUGUGUGAUGUUAUCAUUGUGGUGCAGAACGCUCUCUUCAGAGCUCAUAAGAACAUCCUGGCUGCCAGCAGCCUCUACUUGAAAUCUCUGGUGGUCCAUGACAAUCUCAUCAACCUCGACCACGAGAUGGUGAGUCCGGGGGUCUUCAGGGUCAUUCUGGACUACAUUUACACGGGCCGCCUUAGUGAUGGAGACCCCGCAACUCCCACUGAACCCAAUUUAGGCGCUGUCUUGGCAGCAGCCAGCUACCUUCAGCUGCUUGACUUGGUGGCUUUGUGCAAAAAGAAGCUGAAAAGAAAUGGCAAGUACCCACCCCGCCCAGGUCCUGCAUUUCUGCCCUACCCAAAGAUGGUGCCCAACAGCAUGGGUUUAGGAGGUGGUGGCAGGUAUAGGAUUUCUACUCCUGUCAUUCAACCCUGCCCUCCUGGAGGGAUGCUGAACAGCCACACAACCCGUGCAUCACCACUAGAGGAGCUAGUUCCCCAUCGACUAGCCAUCCACGCUGGGGAGUUGUACGCCCCAACCUCCAUCCAGGGCUCUCAAGUGUUCCCGUCCCUGCAGUCAGCUCUGCCCGCCCAGCUUGGUCGCUCGGCCCACCCUGAGAGGAACCGCUCCCCCAACUACGGCCUUGAUCUCUCCAAGAAAAGCCCCAAUUCCCAGUCGCAGCACACACCGUCUCGAUCCCACCUGGCGAACCCCCACAAUGACGAGGAGCGAGACGGGAGUCUGAGCGGCCGCGCCAGCCCCUUGCAUGGGACGAAUGGAAGGCCCUUCCCCUCAGAAAAAAUGGAUUCGACCGACCAGGGAAGCUCCCUCACUCCUCCACAUUUCCCCCAUCUCAACCAACCUCUUGGCCCACACCUCCCCCACCUGCAUCGCUCAGGCUCGCGGGCCAGAGAUCGCUACCCAUGCCCCCCCAGCCCCGAAACCCCAACGGACGCUGGGGAGGUGGCCAGAGACAUGGGCAACAUCUACCGCUGGGUGAAACAUGAGCCUCUAUCAUACACAGCUGAAGAUGAAGAUGAGGACGAGGAUGAGGAGGAAGGGGGUGAAAAUGGAGACCAGAAUCAUAACCACCACAAGGCCGGAGAGGAGAGUGAAGGAGCAGACGACAAGAGCGGGUCGGGGACAGAGGAGACGGGCAGUAGUGAGGGUCGCCCGUCCCCAUCUGGGCUGAUGGGUCGGUUCCACAUGCCUUAUGAGCCAGAGAGCUUCGGGGACAAUCUGUAUGUCUGCAUCCCUUGUGACAAGGGCUUCCCGAGCUCAGAGCAGCUCAAUGCACACGUGGAGACACACACAGAGGAGGAGCUGUAUGGCAACACUGGGGUGGAGAUGGGAAACAGCAAUAACAGCAGCUCGAAAAACACAAGCAGUAACACCAACGGUUAUGGGGGCCUGAACAGCAGCAACAGUUUGUCCCACCUGGAGACCAAGUCCAGCCAGGGGCUGAGUUCAGGGGGCCUCGGCGAGAUGAUCCGACCCUAUCGCUGCUCCUCCUGCGAGAAGUCCUACAAGGACCCGGCCACUUUGCGGCAGCAUGAGAAGACCCACUGGCUGACCCGGCCUUACCCCUGCAGCAUCUGUGGCAAGAAAUUCACGCAGCGGGGCACCAUGACCCGCCACAUGCGCAGCCACCUGGGCCUUAAACCUUUUGCGUGCGACUCGUGUGGCAUGCGCUUCACCCGCCAGUAUCGCCUCACCGAGCACAUGCGAAUCCAUUCCGGGGAGAAGCCCUACGAAUGUCAGGUGUGCGGCGGAAAGUUCGCUCAGCAGCGCAACCUCAUCAGCCACAUGAAGAUGCACAGCAGUGGUGGGUCCGCGGGAGGCCUGACCUCAGAGGGGAAGCUGAAGCUGGACUUUUCUGAGGGCAUCUAUCCUCUGAGUAAAUAUGCAGCAGAGC